AUGGCAGAUUGGCACGACCCAUCAUGCCGCCGCCUAGACGUCUUUACCAGCAGCGGCAUCUCCAACUGCCUCAGCUGCGGCUCCGUCCAACUCGACGUCGAACCAACACCACCAGAAACACAAGACAGAAACACAACAGACGCCGCCGUCUAUAAGCCUCUAGAAUCCCAAACAGACAUCCGCCUCCUCACCCUAGAAUCAGGCGACUUCACCGACCCCAUCAGAUGUACCCUCGGCCAAAGCAGCACCUCCACCAUGAUAGACUACGACGCAAUCUCAUACACCUGGGCAAGCGAGAACGGCACCAUGGCCUGGACGCAGCGCAUCACCCUCGACAGCCGCGCCUUCCUCAGGAUCGUCUGGAUCGACGCAGUCUGUAUGAACCAGCAGGACGUCGAGGAGAGGGGUCACCAGGUGCGCCUGAUGUCGCAGAUCUACUCCCGCGCGCAGCGCGUCCUGGUCUAUAUCGGGCAACCCGUCCCCGAAGAGGAGGGGCUCUUCCGCUUCUUGGAUGAUCCGGACUUGGUCCGCGACUGGGAAGGGAGCCGGGCGUUGCCCCGGCUGGCGCUUCAGCAGGCGUUGGAGACGCUGCUUACACGGCGGUACUUCUCGCGGGCCUGGAUCCUUCAAAAGGUGGCGCUGGCCAGGCGGGUGACGUUGAUCUGCGGGAGGUACGAGGUGCCUUGGUCUCAGCUCCAGAUCCCCUCGCUGGCGGAUCGGGGCUUGCUCAUCAACACGAAGGAGAAGCCGCGGCUGUUGAACGUACUGCAGCUGCCGUCGGUCCUCCAGUUUCGAGCGCCGGCGUAUAGAAACUCGAGUGACCUGCUCCGACUCCUGGACCUGGCGCGUAAUAGCCACGCGUCGGAUCCCAGAGACAAGCUGUUUGUCGUGUAUGGGCUUACAUCUUGCACGCAGAGCGAUGGCAUCAUGGCGGACUAUACGAUGUCUGCCAGAGAGGCGUAUAUGCGGAUGGCCAAGUGGAUUGCGCAAAAGUUUGGGAUUCCGGCGUUACUGCUCAGCUGGUUCCACGUCGGCAAGGAUAGCGAUAAAGCCGAUAAAAUGGAUGAAACGGUCGAGGAGAAGCCCGUUAAUUUCAAAAUCCCUUCAUGGACGUCAAAUUGGAUGCAUAAACCCUGCCCGAAAGUGUUGCCAUUGCUUACAGAGAUGUACGACGAGUCGGCAGCGGGAUUCAACCCAGUCGGCCUCCCGGUCAGUCGUAAGUUGGUUGACGACUCGUUGGGGUUCCCAGCAUUAAGCUGGGAAAGCUCCGUGUUGAAUGAGUACGACGCGCAGGCAAGGACAAGUCUACCAGGAGCAAUCAUUGCAGCUAAGUCAUGGCCGUAUACGGAAUCCAAUGUGUCGGACCGGGGGAAAGAUAGGUACUGCGAACAGACAGCAUUCGUUUUCUGGCAACAAGAUCCAACGAACUUCCAGGAGCAUCUAACUACUGGCAGCUCCAGUAUCCCGACGUUGAACAGCUGUAUGCCAAAACUCCGAGCAUCAAGGUCACAGCUCACGAUGCGGUACAGUCAAAAGAGUACCAAGAGCUUCACAUAUAUCUAG